AUGAAGAGAACAUUUGAGGAUUUCGAUGACGGCAAUGAUGAUGUACCUCUCGAUGAAGAGGAUGCUCUCUCCUCAUCCGAAAUGGCAACUCCUUUGGACGAAUUACCUCCAGCUUUAGAUUUAAAAAUUGAAGGAAAAGUACCUACACUCCACAAAAAAGCCAAAACUGAACAAAUGCUUUAUAAAUACCACAAGUUCUUGCCAAAGGGACUCGUAAAGGUUAUUCCGGAAGAGAGCGAAGAGUGGAGAAAGGAAUUGAUGCAUCACUUCCGACAAUACACUCCCGAUGAUUUAAUUGUUGAAAACAUUCGCUGGGAGCAUUUUGAUUAUUCUCUCAUGCUAUUGAAGAGGUACACAGAAAUCAAAUAUCCUCUAUUGCUUUCGGAAAAAGCCGAGCUUUGCAAAAUUCUAUUUAAUAUUCUCAAAAUAUCGAGCAAAGAUAGCUAUAGUGUUGACUUUUCAACCCAGGUGAAGUGUUGUUAUGGAUUAUCUUCACUCAUCAAGAAAAGCGAAUUAUUGGAUAUUACAUUUGAUUGGAAGGUGGUGUAUGACAUCAUAGACAAAACCUACUUCACCAAAUUUAGAAAUGCCUUGUACAGCCCAAGAGAGCACGGAGCAGCUCUGAUUGACUUGAUUAGAAAGUUAAAGAGAUACUUUACCGAAGAUUCAACAGAUGAAAUGUUAAAAUUCUUUAGGCCCAUGUUAUGCAUCAAUGACCACAAGAUUUUUCAGGCACAAGCAUUUCUAAGUAUCAUGCUACCAACUAAGUUAGAGGGCUCAGCGUCAAAAGAUCCAUUGGUAUUCAAAAAAAAUCAUUAUGACAAGUGGGUUGACGAAUUCUUUGGCAUAUGGGAUUGGAUUGGUUUGUAUCCUACUUGGGAUUUGAGCUUUUUCACUUUAUUUGCAAAUCUUGCUCAGGAUCAAGCUGGCUAUGUAGAUUGGGAGGAGCCUUAUGUAUUGUUCAUUUUCACAAAGAUCAUGAAAUGCUUUGACUUACCCAUUGGAAACACUCCGGUUGCAUCGAAUUAUGAAGAAUAUCCAAAUGAUGAAUUGAAUUUAUUAACUCCAUUUGACAUCUCAAAGAAUUUACUUUUGGCAAAUGCAGCUAAACUAAUUGUUUGGAUGAUUUCAAAGAAGACGAAUGUCCUCAAACAUCUCAACCAGCUUAUCAAAUCAGUUUCAAACUUUUUCCAACCUUCCAAUGAAGGCCAAUGGACAAGCAAGUGUGCAGACUUUCUCUUGAUUUUAUGUACCAAAUUUGGAAAACGUCUAGAUAUAGAAAGAGGAAUGAAAGGUUUCACAGAAGAAACAUAUUCACCAUCAAAGAAUGGAGGUUAUCAAUGGAUUCCUGAAGAGUAUAGGCUAACGGAGGACGAGAGUAAGGAGUUUGUUGGCAUCAUUCAACCUCUCGCGAUGACCGCAUUGUUUUCCAAAAGCAGCCAAAUGACUACAUGUGCAAAUCACUCUCUAAAGCAUUUAGCUUACAUCCUACCGCAAGAAGUAUUCCCUUCUCUUAUGGAGAGAAGUUUUUAUGCAUUAGAGACGCUCACGAACACCCAUCAAACAAUCUCAGCUCUUGAAACCCUUUCUCUAGUUGUAUUCCCUCUUUUGAAAUAUUCACUUUACCCAGAUGGUGCCAAUUAUCUUUCUAAUUUAUUACAAUUAACUCUUCCUGGAAUUGACGUGAACGAUAAUGCCAAGACGUUCUCUACUCUCAAAUUUUAUACUUCGCUUUUGGUUUGUGUACCUCUGUGUACAACGGGUGCGUCACAAGGCGAUAGAUCUCCCCCUGAAGUUGUGAGAAUGUUCGAAGAUUGGUCAAUAGAGCUAUUGGAACGAAUUUUUAAUGUUCUCUCUCAUCAAACAGAUCCAAAAACAGCACAAGGAGAAAAUGAUGUCAUUUCCCCAAGCAUGUUUUGGGGGUUAUGCGACUUGCUAUUCAAUCAAAUGUCAACUGAAUUGUUGGAAAUCUCUCUCAAGCGAAUUUACAACUUUGUAGAUUCUAAUUUUUUAUUUAAUGCAAGGAAAAAUAUUGCCCAUAUGUGUUCCUCGAUUGCCUAUGCAUAUCCAGAACAAACAUUGGCUCUUUUUAUUCCUAUGCUCUACAAGAAGCUUGUUGACAGGGAUGGAAAACGUCUCAAAAACUUAACAGACAUGGAAACUCACUAUUAUUUACAAAUUCUUGGCCAAGUUUGUUAUCGAACAGGUGCUCAUCUUUUGAAGUAUAGACAACAAAUUGAGACCGUUAUUUCUCUUUGCUAUAUUUCAGAAAAAAAGAAGGUGGUAAAAAUAUGCGGAAAAUUAUUUAGGAAUGUGUUGAGAUCAUUGACGAAGUACUAUUUGUUGGAGUUGAAGUCAGUAAACGCAAGUCAGUGGAGUACUGAAGAAUUUAAGAAUUAUAAUCAUUGGCAAUCAUGGGGAGAAUUUAUUUCUCUUGAUGAGUUUGAAAUUAAUUGGCAUGAACCUACACAAGAAGAGCUACAGUUUGCGAUAGAGCUUUGCAAUAGAUAUUUGACUGACUCUGUUGCCAACAUUAAUGCAUGCAUCGCACUCAUGAAGGAGAAGGGAGGUAAUAUACCUGAUAUUCAGAAAUUGAAGAAUCACCUUAUUUUCAUAAGGUAUGCAAUGAGAGGAGGUAACACUCUUUACCUCGAGAUUGAAAACGGAAUAAUGGAAGAAAUGAAUCAAUAUCCAUCUUCUAGAUUGAUCGACGCUGGUUUGUGUGUGGCUAAAAAGUGUAAAUCAGCAACCUUGGUUACUGGUUACGAACAAGUUUGCGACACUUUGCAUGAUCUUACGGAGGUUAUACUUGAACAUCGAUCCGAUAAGGAUCCUAAUCUCAUUGGAAAGAUUUGUAAAAUAUUUUUCCCAAUGAUUGCGAUGAGAGGAGGUAACACUCGUUACAGAUACAAGAAAAAGAAAUCUUCACAUGAGUUUGUCAAACAACACAGCUACAAAGAUGUCUACUCGACCACAUCAAACAAAUAUCCUAGAUAUUUGUUAUUGAUUCAAGCCCUAUUAGAAUACAAGGUCAGAUGUGUCAUUCAUAACGAAUCUAUUCCAUACACCAAACAUCAUCAGAGAUUAUUGGAUGACCUACUCCGUCUUUCAUUACAUUCAUAUUCUGAAGUAAGAAAACGUGCACAGUCCGUACUCAUGUCAUGCAUUAACAAAUUCUCUGAUAAGGUUAUUAAGAGCUUCCUUCCCAGACUGAUUGAAGUUCUAGUUGACAAGAAAUCGACUGAUGAGCAACGAACUGGAUGUAUUUUCAUACUGGAAAAACCUUUUGCAGUUUCUUGUGUUAUUAGAGAUUGGGAUUUAUGUUCCAAGUUUUUGCUUGCCCUUUUCCAAACAAGUCAUAUCGAGAAACAAAGCAUCCAACAACGAUUGGCACAAUUAUUUGAAACUUAUUUCAAUGCAUUUUAUCACAUUCAAAUUGCCAAUGAAAAAGACAGGCAAAAGUAUGAACGCAUUAUUUUAGAAACGACAGAGAUUGCAAAAAGUAAGGGAGGAUGGCACUGGAAAUAUCACACAUUUGUCAGCAGUUUUUUAAUGUUAAUGAUUAGACCUGAUCAAUUGUUCCCAGUUGAGGCUGCCAAGUUCUUUUUCAAACAAAUGACAAGCGAUUUGGAAAAGUCUAGAAUUAUUGCAUGCGAAGCAAUUAAUUUAAUUCUUUGUCAAUACAAACCUGUGCAAAAGAAAAAGCUAAUUACCCCUCAUCCAACUAAGGUCAAUAACACUCUCGAUUGGGAAGCAUUGGGUAUUGAUUUUGGCUCUGAAGAGAAUUGGAGGAAAUCUAAUUGUUAUGAAAAGAAUUACUUUGGAUGGUAUACAUUACCAGACAGAGUAGAAGUUUACGAUUAUGAACAACCAAAAGAUUGCUCCAAGCAAGCUCUUAUCAAGAGAGAAUUACUACCAAUUCUGCUCGAAGAUGGUUUUGUCGCUAAAUUCAUUCGUCUGUUGACACAUAGAGAUGACGGCUUUAUUGAAUCCAACGCUCAGUUGUUUAAAGGAUUGUUCCAAGUAUUUCCCUGUGAAGAAGGUUCUCAAGGCUUCCUUGAUCUUUGUAAACCCCAUGUGGAAUCAAUAUUAAUACCUAUGGUUGGUUCAGGUGGAUCUGAAGAAGUUCACAAUGUUGCGUUGAUAUCAGAAAUUGUUGGAGGUUUGAUUCGGGGUAUGAAACAUUGGGACUAUUCUCAACAACAACGUGCUAUUACAGAGUUUAUCAUUCCAGUCUUUGAUAAAAUAUUGGAGCAAAGUUCCACAAAUAGCGUCGGAGAAAUUUCUGAAGGGCUCGAGUUUGCUAUUUGUGACAAGGAUGUACGAAGGUUGGGAUGGCUUAUCAGAUACAUGAUGGAAAAAACAAAAGCUUCUCUUCAAAAGAAGGAUGUUGAGGCCAUUCUCCAAGCCAGAUUUUUGAAGUAUUUGUAUGGUAUUGUUGGAGAAAUCAGUUGGAGAUCUCCCUAUUUAUUGCGCUUGUUAUUGGACGAGUUAUGUUCAACCACCCUUCAUCAUGAUGCGGAACUAGUUAGAGAGUAUAUCGGUUUAUUUGUUUCGUUCAUUUACAAAUCAUUGUGGAAUCCACCUCGACUUGAACAUAACAAAUUACCAUCCUUUACAUUGCUUAAUACCACAAUUGAUGAUACUCAAUACGAUUACUUGAGAAAAUUUAAUCUCGAUUUGUAUGAGCUUCUUGACCAGAAGGAAAAUAUCAUCAAAACCAUGCCACAUGAUAGCCCUGAAUUUGACAAAAGAUAUUCAGAAUUCAAAAACUUAAGCAAAACUGUAUUGGCAAUCAUUUCAGGGUUAUUCAACUCAAGCUCUCCUCAUUGUAGUUCCGGAGAAAUUACAAAUUAUAUCAAAAUCAUUUCCACCAUUUACGAGCAUACUACAUCACAGGAUGAUGAUUUACAAUCUCUAUGCCAACAUGAUAUUAUAUCACUCUCUGCAUUCUCUUUUUCUAAACUUCUGGCCAACACUGUAAUUACAUUUUUAUUUGAUGAAAUUGUCGGAAAAAAUUCUGCUAGUUUUGUUAAUUGGUCAAUCAGAAGUGCAUUACUUGAAUUUCUUCAAAUAUUUGCAUAUAGACAAGAAUUUUACUUGACCGAUAAACUACCCAAGCUUUUCGAAAUUAUUACCACCAUGCUCAAAGAUCAACAGCUUGAAGUAAGACAAAUGGCCGCAAUUACACUUUCAGGAUUUCUUAAAAUAUCCAGCACAGAAUAUUCACAGAAAUUGAUUCCGGAAUUCAAAGAGAAAGCAUUCAAAAAUAGGAAUACCAAGAUAUCAUCUGACAAACUCUCUUCGAAAGAGACAACUGAGCGUCAUAGUGGUGUUCUUGGCCUAUCUGCCGUUGCUUUAGCAUUCCCAUAUUCUGUUCCGGAUUUUAUUCCUGAUAUGCUCUGCUCGUUGGCUAAAUUUUCAAAUGAUAGUGUACAGUCGAUAAGGGAGACAGUUAAAAAAACAUUCCAAGAAUUUGUAAAAUGUCACUCGGAUAUGUGGCAAAUUCACCAACAAAAAUUUACAGAACAACAAUUAGGAACAUUACAUGAUCUUUUCCAAACCAGCUCUCCCUCAUACUAUGCGUGA